AUGGCGCUGGUGCUGCUGGCCGCCGUGUCGUACCACUGCGCCGCCACCUGGCGCUGGCUGCGCUCCAAGGCGCGCGGCGACGACGGCGGCGCCGGCUUCCUGGGCCGGCAGCCCGAGCCGCCGCGCUCCGAGUACGUCCAGGACCCCAAGGACCCCAAGAAGGUGCUGCGCCAGACGACGCUGCCGUCGGUGCCGACGCGCCACCAGACGUUCCAGAGGCAGCUGUCGCACCGGCUGGACCUGCCCAACAUCCAGUUCAGCGUCUGCAGCCUCGGCCCGCGCCCAGACACCGGCAUCGGUCUCAUCAAGCCUGAGCUGUACAAGAAGGAGAUGAUGGCCCGCCAGUCUUCCACGGACAGCUCCAGCACCGAGAUGGAGUACUGCGGCAAACUCCACUUCGCCCUCAGAUACGACCAAGACAUCGAGGGGCUCAUAGUGAAGGUAAGAGGACACUAA